CGAGUAACAUUGGUCCGAAUUGCCGAAGCAGACACAUUUUUUUACUUACCUGAAUUUCCGAACCGAACCAAAUUUUUUGAUCAUGCACAUGGAAUGAAAUACGUACGAAUGUACAUUCGGAACUAAAUGAAUUGCACAUGUCUAUUUCUCAUUUCAUUGGACAGGGAAUAGUGAAACCGGAAUGGGCAAGAUAGAUUCCUAGCAUCAUUCAUGUAAUUUUCCCUCCCUCUCUUGUUUUGUCACUUUUCAGAAAUCCAAUCACUUCGGCACUUCUGAACUACCGAACUUCAUCAUUUCGACACUUCGGACAUUCGUAAGCAUCCGAAUGGCAUGAAAUUCGUACGAAUGUACAUUCAGGAACAAAACGAAUUGCACAUAUAUUUCUGUCAGUGAGCGUGAUUCUCGGUGCAGAAAUCACUAUCCGUCACAAAAUGUUAAACCCUAAAAAACUGACUAUGUAAGAGGGCAAAAAAUAAUUGAGAAAGACCAACACUCUCAAAACGUAAAAGAGUGUUUCUGUCUGUUUGUUUAGCAAACAAAUCUGUCACAAGAAUCAAACCCUUAUUGUAUACUGUUGUUGUGGCGGACCACCUGGCACCCCAACUGGGUGCCUCCGCCAAUCAAUGCUUUCUAGUGCUCACCAAGUACUCCACCGUAAACCCUGCAGCCAGUGAUACAGCUUGGUUGGGGUCUUGCUGUUCUCCACCCACCCUGGACCCAAGACCAGGAUCCAGCUUCCAGUGGGUAGACCUCUCCCAAUCCAGAAAGUAAAACAGGAUAGAUCUUAUUAGCUCCCCAAGGGAUUAUAAUGAGUAUAGCAAUCCCUAGAGUGAAUAUAGCUGUUCCCACCACACAUGAGAUGAGGCUCUAUGUUGAGGGUGAAGAGGAACUGAUUUAAUGGGAGCCACAUGCAGCUUUAUAUGCAACUCCCCAUGCAAGGGGUUCCGGUCACAUAUUCCAGGGGUAUUCCACUCCGGACCUGAGAGGAGACUACAGUAAAACAUACACUUAAAUACACAUAAUUACAUUGGCUCUCAGGUCCAGGGCACUCGCACACAAAACAUGGUAAUUCCUCCCCAGUGCCUGAGAGAUAAUUGAGUCAGGAACUGUACUAAACUCAAUUAUCUCCAGGCACAGAAAACAUACAUUUUAACAACAUCCUGAAAGUACCCCCAAAACACAUGGAAACCCCACAAAUCACAUCCCCUGAUAGCCCCGAUCUGGGGGACCAACAUAAUAAAAAGUCACCCAGAUUGGUUAAGGGGUUCGGGAUUUCCACGGAAGUCAUAAUUUUGACCGACCGUGCACAUGGUCCUAUGCCCAAAACACUUCCAGGGAAUCAGGGCUAACGGUCAGUACAUUUAUGAACAAAAGUACAUAAAUCACAUGAACUGAGCCUUUUAAAUUGCAUUGGGCAAGGUAUAUUGCAGAGCCCAUAGUCCUGAGGCAGGAGGCUGGCAAGCAGGCUCCUCCAAGGUUCUGUUCGCCACAGUUGUAUCUAAAGAUGAAUGCUGGAUUGAUUAUAAACCAUAGUGAAUUUUAUAUUUUCAGAAAGUGAAUUCAACUCAUUAUGAAAUCUGUGUAAGGAUUCAAACAUGCCACCCCACACCGCCAUAAUUUUAUCAAUAUAACAAAAACCAAUAGUGCACAUAGAUGCAAAAUAAUUGAUGUGGAUAGAUUAAUUUUUCUUUGAAAAAAUCCAUGUAGAUAUUGGCGUAGGUGGGUGCCACGUUCAAGCCCAUCGCAUUCCCCCUGGUUUGGAAAUAGAAUUUUCCAACAAUGCAGAAAUAAUUCCUCUCCAACACAGUACGUAAUUUGGGGCAAUAUGUACAUAGUGGGUACAACAGGGUUCUUAUUGAUCAAAAAGACAUAAGAUUAGAGUCUAUUAUACCCUCAUGCGAAGUUUUAAACACAAUGUUAGCAAUAUGUUACAGAAUUUCAAUAGUAGGAUCAUAACAUCACAAAAUAUGUUACUGUAUCAUCAAGUUGUUUCAAAAUCUCUGAUACAUAAUCCUUAGUUUUCAGAAUCGCCAUAGCCUGCCCUUCUCUGCUGGUUUGAUGGUAAUUGACUUGUUUGACUCCAAAACCUGGAGUGCCAAACGCUCCUCAACAGAAAGAUUGGGGCUAAUUUUUGCAUAAUGUUUUUUUUUUUUUUACAAACUUCAUUUACCUCAUUUUGUACCAAAACAAUAAAUGUUUCAAUCACAUUAUCUUUAACAAAUGGAAUGAAUUGUGACUUUUUAGAUAAACCAAAUCAUUGGUUAUCAUGCUUGGAGGGUUAAUUUAACUGAAAUUAUUGUGCGUUUUACUGGUACUGGUAAGACACUCAUUAACACAGCAGAUUUUGUAUUGCUGUGGAACACACAUUAAGAGACACCAAACACCAACAGACUUAAAGGGACACUCUAGGCACCAAAACAACUUCAACUAAAUGAAUAAACAGUUCUCGAACAGCCUAACCCCAAAGUUGCCACCAUUGGCGAUGUCCACCGUCCACCCCCCAGAUGGCAUCCGACUUCUGAAAUGUCACAUUCAGAAAGGUCAGCGUGCAGCCAGGCAGACUCUUGCAUCUAAUCAGUGACUCCCUAUUCAUAUAACUGGCUUAGAAAAGGUAUGUUUCUUUCAAAGCCUGUUUUAUAUAUAUUUUAAGAAUAUGACAAAUGGAGGUGGUGGGGGAAAGAAUGUCAUACAUGGGUAGUCUGGGGUGUGGAUGAGACACAUGGAGAUGCUGGGGUGUAGAAUGGGACACAUGGAGUAGCGGAGGGGAGAAUGAGAAAUAUGGGGGGGGGGAAUGUGACACAUGGAGGUGCUGAGGGGAGAAUGUGACACAUGAAGGAGCUGGGGGAGAAUUAGAGACAUGGAUGGCCCGGGGGAUGGAUAAGACACGUGGAGGGGCUGGAAGGAAGAAUGAGUCACAUGGGGGGAUGAGACACAUGGAGGUGCUGUAGUGAGAAUGAGACACAUGGAGGUCCUGGGCAAAGAAUGAGAAAUAUGGGGGGAAAGAAUGUGACACAUGAAGGAGCAAAGAAUGAGAAAUAUGGGGGGAAAGAAUGUGACACAUGAAGGAGCGGGAGGAGAACUAGACAGAUGAAUGGCCUGGGGGGUGGAUGAGACAUAUGGAGGCGCUUUUGGGUGAAAAUGGGGCACAUAGGGGGAAUGAAACACACGGAAAGUGGAGAAUAAGUGGUUUCUAGUUACGCUUCUGGCUCUCAGCCAAUCAGCGAUCAGCGUUUGCCCUGCGUGGCAGGACUCUGCACUUCCUGAAAGUGAAAAUUCUGAAUGCGAAUUCUGCCCGGUAGGUUCUGGAGAUUGCCGCUGGAGGCAACUUUGGUGUCGAGAAGGAUUUAACCUCUUGAAGUCAGAUUGCCCCCAGGAGCCAUAAUGUCAUUUAGAUGAAGUUGUUUUGGUGCCUGGAGUGUCCCUUUAAGUUUGGCAGGUCUAAAAUUGGAGGAGGUGGAUGGAGAAAAUUAAUGUACUCACCCAAUAAAGGGGGAAGACACCACAUCACUUUCACACCAGAAUGACAGACUGGUCAGUAAUAGUAAUUCUGAAACAUCUUCUGAAGGUAUACAGUUCAGUCAGGUCCUAUUAAAGAAAGACUUAUUCACUUCUAUUCUGUCUGAGCCAAAAAUAUGUCAGAUGCUUUGGUCGUAUCUAUCCUAAAGGAAGAAUAUAAAAUACAAUUCAACACAUUUCCAAAAAAAAGGUCCUUCAUAAAAUCAAGAGUUUCAGGAAGAAAGAAAGAGAAAGCUAUGAGAUAAUGCAUAUCCAAAUUUCACUAAUAAGAGUAAUAGAAGUUCCUCACUCUGAGAAGUUCAAGGGAUUCUAGUCAACAGUUUUCCUAGCCCCAAAGCCCCAAGGGAAUUGGAGGUUGAUUAUAGAACUCCUUGGAGAUGAUCAAUAAGACCACAUAUAUUGACUCAAGGACCAGCAACCCACUCCAACCCCUCCAGCUGGAACUUGGGAGCAUGGAUUUUGAAAGGAGGUCUCUCCAAGCUUAAGGCCUAUCAGAAUCUGUAUUUGACACAGAUUCUGAUAGACCUCCUCAUGCUACUCUUGCAUUUGGAAUACCUUCAAGAAUUGGGCUAAGGAGAAAUCUUUGAUUUUCUACAUCCCACUCAUCUACAUGCUCUGGAAUUUCUUUAGGCAGGCCUUGGCAAAGGAUUUAGCCUCAAAACCCUAAAGGUUUAAUCAUCAGCUCUGUCUGCCCUCUGCAAUGUUUCAUGGGCCUCCAAUCCACUUAUAACAAGAUUCUUUAAGGCAACGAUAAAAAUCCAUCCACCAAUUAGGAACUCUGCUCCUCCUUGAAAUUUACCUCUGGUCUUAGACACCUUAACAGUACCUCUCUUUGCUCCACUGUCAGAGAUUAAAAUCUAACACCUGACUUAUAAGGCUGUGUUCUUGGUCUCCAUUUUCACAGUAAAGGCAUCUCAGCACUUAAGCCUUUUCAAGUGAAUAUUCUCAUACAAUAAUCUUCCAUGAUAGAAUUGUUUUAAAGCCUACAGAAGAUUUCCUCCUUAAAGCCGUUUAACUUUCAUCUUCUUUAAGAAGUAGUACUACCAUCCUUUUUUCCAUACCCUUCUAAUCUGGAAGAAGGAAAAUCUUACGAACUGGACGUCGGAGAGUGCAUUAUCUGAUACUUAUCGGUCACUGCAGACCAGAAAAUCCAACAGGUUAUUUGUUCUACCUUAAGGUCCUCGCAAAAGUGAAGCAGCCUCAUCCUAAACUUUAAGACAAUGGAUAGCAGGGGUAAUUUCAGAUGCUUAUCAAAGUAACAAUAUGCCUGCUCAUGAGAAAAUCAAGGCUCAUUCCACCAGAUCUCUCUUUACAUCUUGAGCUUAUAGGGCAGAGGUUCCUCUGGAUUAUAUUUGCAAGUUGGCUACUUGGUCUUCUCCUACAACCUUCAUUAAAAAAUACAAAUUGGACUUGGCAUCCAUACCUUCAACUUCCUUUGGUAAAGGAGUUAUAUCCACAGUAAUGCUUCACAUUAUAAUUUAAAUUCCUUUUGCAUUACUUUGGUGUCUUCUCAUCCUUUAUCUUAUUACUGCCUGGGUAUUACCCAUUAGUAAUGCUGCCAUGAUUAGCCAGGAAUAAGGAAAAUAUAUGUCAUUGUUACCUGGUAAGUUUCCUUUUCUGGCUAUGAAUAAUGACAGCAUCAAUUACCCUUCCAAUAUUUGCUUUCAAACAGGACUGAUGGAAGAAGGAGGGACCCUUUAUGCACCAUUAUACAUUAAACUGUAGUUAUUCUGGUAACUAUAGUGUCCCGUUAAGUAAAAGGGGUGUACAUAAUUAAGCAAACAGGUUAAAGGACCACUAUAGUCACUCAGACCACUUCAGCUCAAUGAUUUUAACCCUUCAGAGAAACUGCUAUGUUUACAUUGCAGGGUUAAUCCAGCCUCUAGUGGCAGGCUUCCUGACAGCAGCUAGAGGCUCUUCCCCGACGUUCAAUGCGAAAUUCGCAUUGAGCACGCAAAACGUCCGUAGGAAAGCGUUGAGAAAUGCUUUCCUGUGGGUAUUUUCAAUGCGCUCUUGGUGCUGGCCGCGCAUGCACAUUCGGCUCCAUUCAGGAGCUGACGUUGGGGAAGAGGUUACCAGCGCUGAGUGCGCUGGAUAAAGGUAAGUGGCUGAAGGGGUUUUAACCCCUUCAGGCAGCAGGAGGGGGGCCCUGAGGGUGGGUGGACCCUAAGGAUGAUAUAGUGUCAGGAAAUGGGUUUGUUUUCCUGACACUACAGUGGUUCUUUAAGACAUUUUACACAAUCAUAUCUCAAUACUGCAAGUUCAUUUCCUAUCUAUAGGUUUACAUAGCGCUAAACUGGUCAGAACUAGCUUUUAGCUAGGAACCAAAGAACAAUGUAGCCAUAAAUAUUUUGCUGACUCCAGAAGUGUCCUUGUCUAUUUCAGCAAAGAAAGAUGUUUAACCGUUUCAGAACCUAAAGUCCCCAAAUAAUGGUGUUUUAGGUGGGUUUUUUUUUUAAGUGUUUUGUUGUGGGCUAUCGCACUUGACAAGGUGCUGCUAGUUAUUAUCAUCAAACAUAUCUGUUUCAGCGCCAUUUCUUCUACUUGCACACUUUGUUUCUCUAUAUUGCCGUAUUGGCUUUUAACAACAAAAUAAUAAUAAUAAUAAAUUUUUUAUUUAUUUUAGGACGCGCUGCUGUCGCGGGUUUCCAUGGUAACAGGAGCACGCUAGUGCGGCGCUCCUGGUUGCGUCAGGCGCCCUUUGACCUCCAUCGCGUCCGAUGACGUCAAACGCCACCCCGCUGCACAGGAACACAUUGAAUUAUGGAGAAUUAAAACGGAGGGGGGAAAAAAAAUAAUAUUUAUGGUAAAUAUAGUCCGUGUGUACGCUGUGCUCCAUCUGUGUGUAAUCUUAAAAAAAAUAUAUAUGCCCCGUGCUGGGCUUCAAAAGGCGGAAACUUUAUUUGUGGUCAGGUUAGCAUUGACUUUUUAUUGUUAAUUAAUAUUAGGAGCGUUCUUGGAUGGGUAAGUAGACUUGGGACAAGCCAUUGCCCCUGUUCUCCUCUAAAUAGCUGCGUCCAGCAGGAUGCCUUGUCUUUUAACCCUUCAUGGCUCAUGGCUCUGAUAACAGAGUUGCCGAAACGCAGUCAGCCAAUCAGCGCUCUGUGCCUGGAUCACGUGACCGCCCAGGAUGGCAAGAAGAAUGGACUAGCAGGAACACACAGAGCACUCACAGGGAGACUUGUUUGUAAGUUGCUAUUACAGCCAGUGGGGCUCUGUCUGGAGCACAAGAGGAAACAUUAUUAUUAUUAAUAUUCAGGGCUUUUUGUUUUGUAAAAUAAAAAUAAAUCAGGUCAAAGUCAUUCUCAAGGGGAAAUCAUGUUAAUAAUGUGUCUUAUAGGGGCAAGGAUUGUGCUGUUUGUUGGCUAGUUUGAUAGUUUUUUUUUCUUUUCAAAAUUGCAUUUGUGAAGAUCAUUAUGUUAAUAUAAAUUAAAUUUUAUGCAAUAUGUAUAUUUAGAAAUCGAUAAAUAUUGUAAGUAGAUUGGUGCAUUUACAUAUAUUUUUUACAAUGGGUAUACUGAUAUAGUCCCAGGAAGAGUGUGUGUGUGUAUGUAUAUAUAUAUAUAAAUUGUCAACCUAUUUAAAUGUAUGUUUGAAUUCUCCACUAUUGCCAUUAUCUCUUGAAUAAAAUAUUUGAAAUAAAUGUUCUCAUCAGGAAUAAUAUAUAUUUGAAAUUUAAAUGUCCCGGUUUAAGAAUGGAUAUAUAGGAAUUUCUCCCGGUUUAAGUAUGACCUAGGGACUCCAUAUGUAAUGUUAUGUAUGUACUUCGCAUUGUUUUUUUGGACUGAUUAUAUUCUGCAAGAGUGUUCUGAAUGCACAAGUGCUACGUAGAGUUAAAGAUAAAAGGUUCUUGUAAAACCCCAAAUCAAAAGUUAUAAUAGCAAUAAGAGACUGUUGGUGUCACCUAGUGUCCAUUCUUGGAAUUACAUAUAUUCUUUUCUUUUCCUUUAUUAACCCAUUACUGUUAAGGUUAUUGUCUAAAUUUUUUAACAAACAAAAAAAAAAUGGAAUUUGGUAUGUGUUGGUUUAUUUGUAAUGGUACUCUUUCAUUAAUGGGGCACUCCUACCAAAAUUAAGUAUUUCAGUAAUUUGUGUGCUGGAUCCUCAAGUGUCACUUUGAAUACAUUUACACCUAUUAUGUGUAUAUAAAUAUUUUUAAAGGACAGCCAGGCCUUUUUUUUUUAAAAAUACAUAAUACACAUAACUGGUCAUUUGGUAUGAUUCAAAUAUUCAAAAAUAUGAAACGGUAACCAUUUUCAUACAGUUUUUAUAUAGAAUGUUUUUUUCAUCUAAUGCAACUAAGGGGAAAAAAAUAGUUCAUAUUACUUAUAAUUUUGGAAGAACCUCCUCUUUCUAGGCAGUUCAUUAUUUUUGGUGUGAACCAACCCAGGUUCCAUUCUCUUCUAUUCUUGUACUAGCUCAUCUAGAAACCCUACUAGUCUCCUUGCAGUGCCCUGCCAUUCGUGCACAUCUAUCCUUGUUCACUAUUUAUUCUGAAAUACUAUCAUCAUCAUCUCAGUCUGUCACAUUCAAAGCUAUUUUAGGGCUGCACUGUUCCUAUGGAACUCUCUUCCCUAUUCCUUCAUGCUCUUCUUCAUUCUUUUUUGUUUCAAAAAUGACAAAAACAACUCCAAAGUCACAUCAGUUAAACUGUUAACACCUUUCAUUCUCCUUUCUCCACAUUCCCACUAAACCUUUGCAUUUACUUAGCCUCUUCUAAGAUUUUAGAUGUCAUUUUAUUGCGAACUUUGUGUAAUUGUAACCAAUUCCCAUUAAAAUGGAAGCUUAUUUAAGCAGGACUUUUGCCACCUUCUGUUCCUAUAUGUAACUACUUGUUUCUUAAUUUACCUAACUUUUGUUUGUUACUUUAUGUCCUUUGUGGUGUUGGCUGGUUCCAUCUAUCUAAAUAUUUAUCUUGGGGUCUCCUACCUUAUGCCCAAUGUUAUAGUCUAUCAUCAAACCAAAAAAAGCUUCUAAUUUCUUGCUUUAAAAACUUUAUACAACUUAUUGAGGCACCCCCAUUGAAGUGGUCUGGGUGCAGUGUCCCUGUCUCCUUAAACGUGCAAUGUAAGACAUUGCAGUUUUAUAAAUACUGCAAUAUUUACAUUGCAGGUUUACCACUACUGCCUCUAGUGGCUGUCUAUCAGCCACUAGAGGUGCUUCCUGCUGUUUCACAGAGCUAAACUCUGUGAAAAGACGCUGAACAUACUCACGCUUUGCAUGAUUAACUGCUUCCCUAUGAGGAAGGCCUGAUAUGCUUCUUCGCCAUGCAUGCACCUUAGGUUCCCGUCUAGCAAUGAUGUCUAAGGAGAAGACGAACCUGGUAAGUGUUAAAGAGUUUUUAACACUUUCGGUGCCGUGGAGGGGCUUUGCAUUCCUAACACUCUAGUGUUCAUUUAAAGGGACACUAUAGGCACCCAGACCACUUCAUCUCAUUGAAGUGGUUUGGAUGCACUAUCCCUGUCCCCCUUAAUCCUACAAUGUAAAACACUACAAUUACAUAGAAACUGCAAAGUUGCAGGCUUAAUACAAUUCCAGUGACCACCAUUAGAGGCGCUUCCUCAUUAAGAACUGAGUCAAACUAAUUUUUCUAUGAAAUACUGCUAUAACAGAGCAGCAUUUUACCACAGAUGUGCUCUAACCUACCAAUGUUUCCCAAUGGGGAAACAUGGGAUUGGAUGAGAUCAACAAUCAUGAUGACCUAAACCAAGCAGCAGGAUGGAGACCAUCGCUGUGAGGGCUGAUGGGUAAGUAAAUGUAACCGUUCAACCUUCGCAGGUGUGGGGAGGACCUAAACAGCUAUAUUAAAACUGUAGCUUUAGGAAUGCAUAUUUGUAUUCCUAACUCUAUUGUAUUCUUUUAAUAGGUAAUAUGAUAAUACUGACAAGGAAAUUGCAUAUUCUAGUACAAAGUAGCGAAACUGGGAAAUUUCUCCUACUCCAUUACUUAUCUAGUUUGGCUACUUAGACCUAAAAUAUGCAGCUUUAAAAAAAAUAAAAAUUAUCCACAAUUCCUGGUGUCUGUCUAUUACAUUAUAUAUACACAUAUUUUAAUAAGUUGUAUUUUCCCUAAGGUGGGACAAGGAAAUGUCUGAAGGACCUUGUCCUGACUUUGAUCUGAUGAAUGCUUUGGAUUGGAGGGACGGUGUUGCUACCCUUCCAGGCAGUCACAUUCAGGUUAGACUUUUCCUACCCUGUGUUCACAUCUAUCUUCAGCUCUUUGUUGAUUUUUCUCACGGUGUCACUAUUUCUGUAUCCUUUUAUUUAGUUUCGUCUUAACGAAUUUGGGACACUUGAGAUCAUCACUGAUUCUGACACUGCUUUGACUUCCUCAGCAGACCCAAGUAUCCAAAAUCCCAGCGCAACAGCCUCCAAUUCCGUACCACCAACCCCCGACAAAGGUAAAUUCAUGGAAAUUCUGAGAGUAGAUCUAGAUACAGCUUUCAUUUUCAUGGCUAUGUACAUGACCAUGUGUAACAUUUCUUCUUACAAAGAAAUUGAAAUCACCAGCAAAGGCAGAGAACGAGACAUGGAGAAGAAAAUAAAGGUGGAGGAGGGGUGAGUUGAAAUGUUAAGGUGUGUUCUGAAUUGUUUUCUUGGAUGUGUCCCGGCAGAAGCAGUUUUGAACUUUGGAGAGAUUUGUUUAACUAGUGUGUUGUACUUUAAAACACUUACUCAUGAUCUUACUCCAUAUAGGGAAGAUGUGAAACCUCCCAGAGAGGACCAGGUUCCACCAUCUACUUCCUCAGUACCUGUUGCAUGUACUGAUAAUGAGCGCCCUCAGCGACUGCGCAAAAAGAGGAAACUGCUCAUGGACUCAGGGGACGAGGAGGAAGGAGUAGAGGAGGAAGAGGUAAAAAGAUAGGUCUCUACAUCCUUACUCUCUAGAACGGAAAAUGACAUACCUGUUACUAUUCACACUUUUAACAUAAUCCCUCAUAAAACAUUAAAUAGGUUUCCUCCUAUUAUUCCAUAUUUUAGCUAGCAUUUAUGUAGCGCCAACUUAUUCUGCAGCACUUUACAAUGUUAUGAAGGGGAAAUGGAACAAUUGAUACAAUUACAAAAUGAUACUGAAACAAAUGGUUGAUGAGGACCCAGUUUAAACAAGAUUACAAUCUAGAGGAUAAUUGUAUAUAACUUUUUAAGGCAUUCUCACAUAGAUCAUUGCUUUUUAUAAAUACAGUUGUGCUCAAAAGUUUGCAUACCCUGGUAGAAAUUGUGAGAUUUUGGGAUUGAUUUAGAAAAUAUGAAAGUUUUUUUGUUGAAUGAUAGUGAUCAUAUGAAGCCAUUUAUUAUCACAUGGUUGUUUGGCUCCUUGUUAAUUCAUAAUGAUAACAUAAAUCACCCAAAUUACCCUGUUUAAAAGUUCACAUACCCUUGAAUGUUGGCCUUGUUACAGAAACGCAAGGUGACACAUAGGUUAAACUGGCAAUUAAAGGUUAAUUUCCCACUUCUGUGGCUUUUAAAAUUGCAAUUAGUGUCUGUGCAAAUAGUCAAUUAGUUUGUAAGCUCUCAGGUGGGUGCACUGAACAGGCUAGAUACUGAGCCAUGGGGAGCAGAAAAGAACUGUCAAAUGACCUGCGUAACAAGGUAAUGGAACUUUAUAAAGAUGGAAAAGGCUAACAAAAGCCUUGAAAAUGCCAGUCAGUACUGUGCAAUCUCUUAUUAUGAAGUGGAAAGUUCAGGGGGAUCUCUUGAUGCCAAGCCAAGGUCAGGGAGAUCAAUAAAGAUUUCAGCCACGACUGCCAGAAGAAUUGUUCGGGAUACAAAGAAAAACCCACAGGUAACUUCAGGAGCAAUACCGGCUGCUGUGUAAAAAGACAAUGUGGCUGUUUUCAAGGAGCACAAUACGAAGAAGAAAGAAGCCUUGGAGAGCAAAAAAAUGGGUCCCAAGAGUAUACUGAGAACGGGCAGCAGCUGAAAUAGCCUGCCCUUCGGUGGGUUCCCGCUCAGAACUCAAGCUGGUUUUUGCUCAUCUUGUGGCAUUACAGAGAGAACAUCUCUGAAACAUAUCAGACUGGUCCCACCCAUACGGGCAGUCUAGAUCUGAAAUUCCAGCAGGUUCCCUCUGCACGAGAGACACAGCAAACCCAGACGAUCGUAAAGAUAGAAGCCUUUACUACGCCAAUGCUACAAAAAAGCACGGUUGCAAUAUGCCCGACAACACCUUGACAUGUCUCACAGCUUCUGGCACACUGUAAUUUGGAGUGACGAGACCAAAAUAGAGCGUUAUGGUCACAACCAUAAGCGCUGUGUUUGCAGAGGACUCAACAAAUAGUUGGGACUAUAGUUAAAGGAACACUAUACACACUGUGAAGCGGGGGGGAGGAGGGGGUGCACUCUAAAGGCACAGGGAAUCUUGUGAAAAUUGAUGGCAAGAUGAAUGCGGCAUGUCAUCAGAAAAUACCGGUAGACAAUUUGCAUUAAUAUGCACAAAGGCUGCGCAUGGUAUGCUCAUGAACUUUCCAGCAUGACAAUGACCCUAAGCACAAGGGCAAGUUGACCCUCUGGUGGUUGCAGCAGAAAAAGGUGAAGGUUCUGUAGUGACCAUCACAGUCUUUUGACCUUAAUAUCAUCAAGCCACUCUGGGGAGAUCUCAAACAUGUGGUUCAUUCAAGAUGACCAAAGACUUUGCAUGGCCUGGAGGCAUUUUGCCAAGACGAAUGGGUAGCCAUACCAUCAGCAAGAAUUAGUGGCCUCAUAGAUAACCGGUACAAAAGACUGCACGCUGUCAUUGAUUCUAAAGGGGCAAUACACAGUCUGGCAUGCAGACUUUUGAACAGGGGACAUUUCAUUUUUGCUUUGCAAUAUUUUGUUAUUUGAUGGUGCCAUUCUGUUAUAACUUACAGUUUAAUAUGAAUCCUAUAGGAAAUCAAAGAAAUGUGUUUUCCCUGCUCACUCAUGUUUUCUUUUAAAAAUGGUACCCAUAUUACCGGUAAGCAAACUUUUGAGCACAACUGUAUAUAGGUUAGUAUGCUGAUCCUGAUGAAAGUUUGUUAAAUCAAACUGAAAUGCCGGAAAAUUAUUAUUUUUUUUUUUAUAGUUUAUUUAUGUAAGCAAUAACAGCUACGUUUUACUUUUUUUUUUGACCAAGUCCCUGGAGUGCUAUCUGCUGUGGAUAUAUAUAUAUAUAUUUAUAUAACAUGCACAUGGAUCCAGCACUCACUCUCCUGGUCUUGUCCUUGCCUGGGUGCAAAUCAUUUAUGCCAAGAUAUAAAUAUCAAGUAAGGUGCACUCGAAGGACUUUGUAGAUAACUUUUCAAGUUUUAUUGUGCAAUCAUACACCAGAAAAUGUGUUGACGUUUCGGUCCUCUAUGGGACUUUUCUCAAGGGUUUUGAGAAAAGUCCCAUAGAGGACUGAAACGUCGACACAUUUUCUGGUGUAUGAUUACACAAUAAAGCUUCAAGAUUUAUCUACAAAGUCCUUCGCGUGCACAUUCCUUGAGAUAGAGAUAAACCCUAAUGGUGCCUACUUUGUAUCUUUAUGUUCCAUUCCAGAAUGGAGGCAGAAAGCUAUGCAAAAUGUGGGGUUUGAAAAAAAUAGCUUGGUUUUAAUAAAUUAGAAUCUUGGGUAUAGUACACACUGGGCAAGGGGCCCUUCCAACCCAUUUAAUUAGAUUACCCCUUAUUUCAGAAAGCUUCCAGGUUAAAGAAAAAGAUACCUAGUUCCUCGGAGCAAAAGGACCCUACAAACAAAGUUAACAUUUAGAUAGGGGCUUUCCUCAAUGGCUCAGCUGUGCUGAUCAUAUAAACGAUGAUCCUUUUUCUCUAUAAACCUUUGAGGAGGUGAUGCUUUAGUGUAGUUCAGUCAAAAGUCCUCCUUGGCGUUCAAAUAAAUUAGCGUUUGAUUGAGGUAGGGAGUUCUGUUAUUGGCAUCUCAUGUAAAAUAUAAGCAGAAAAGAAAAACCAGUAGUGCAAGCCAGUAUCCGGGCCAGAUUUAGAGCCCAGUGGGCCUGGUGCUGACAAUUAUGAUGGGCCUUAUUACAAAAUCUUAUUGACCAAAAACACUAAAACAGUCCUACCUCCUAAGCGUCAUGUAUGAUGGAGAUGGUGCUUGAGGGAAACUCAUACGAUGCAGCUAUGAGAAAGCACAUACCCUACGCUUUCAUCUUUCAAGUAAACCCAUAUCCCCUAACAGCAGUGUCCAGUAAAGCAGGAAAUCUAUGGACGGGGUAAAAGGGUUGGCCACUGACACAAAUCACAUAACCAGAACUGCUGAAAGGGGCAAAUAUACACAAAAAGGGGGCAUGUCUGUGUCCCCAUGUCUCCCAGUCCCUUAGGGUCUGUGUCCCCAUGUCACUAGGACACUAGGGGACAUUGAGAGACAUUGGGACACUGGGAGACCUUGGGACACUGAGACUCUUGGGGAGACAUGGGGACACUGGGUGACUUUGAGGUACAAGGGGACACUGGGAGACAUUAGGGCACUGAGACACUGUGAUACAUAGGGGACACUGGAGACUUGAUAAAAAACCUGGGUACAGGUCGAAACAUUGCGGUGUCCAAUAAACCUGCUUAAAUCUAUCUCUAUGAGUGCUUGAGAAUUUUUUUCUUUCAUACUAGGGGACACUGAUACACUGGGAGACUAGGGGACUUUGGGAGACUAGGAAACACUGAGACACUAGGGACAAUGGCACACUACAGACACUGAAAGACACCAGGGACACUGGGAGACAUGGGGAUACUGAGAUACUAGGGAUACUGUAGUGCCCCAUGUCUCCCAGGUCUCAGUCGCCCAGUGUCCCCAUGUCGCCCACUGUCCCAUAGUGUUUGUGUCCCCAUGUCUCCCAGUGUCCAGAUGUCACUAGGACACUAGGGGACACUGGGAGCCAUGGGGACACUGGGAGACUAGGGGACUCGGGGAGACUCGGAACACAGACACUAGGGAGACAUGGGGACACUGGGAGACUAGGGGCACUGGCAGGGAGACAUGGGGACGCUGAGACAUGGGGCCACUGUGUCCCUAGUGUCUCUUGGUCCCCAUGUGUCCCAAUGUCUGUGUCCCCAAGUCUCUCACAGAAUCGGAGCUGCUGUCUGGACUCUCGCGGAUUAGUGAGUAGAGAGAGGUAGGGAGGGAGAUGCUGUAACUUCUUAUCCCUGCCUCUCUCCACACAAACAGCGACUCCUACUGGCCGGCAUUGGUAUUGCAGAAUAAUCUCUGUUUAUACUGAGACAUUUGUAUUGCUGGUAUUACUGCAAUACCAGAAUACCUGGGAAAUAACUGGCAACCAUAAGAAAUACCUGGCAAACCGCAAAGAGUAGUGUGUGUUUAAAAAAAAUAAAAAUCAAUGGGCCUGGGCCUGGAGCUUCAGUUCCAUCAGCCCCUAUGUUAAUCUAGCCCUGACCAGAAUGUUUAAUACCUCAAUAAUGUGAAGAAAAAGAAUACACUCACAAUAUUUUACCAGAAAAGAUACAUAGAGAUUUCUCUCAUUUUCAGGUAUGUUCUGGGUCCACAAUACAUUGCAUCGAUACAAUAGGGUACAAUAAAAUACAAAACCAAUAUUAAUAUACAAAAUGUAAUAUAGAACAGGUAGGAAAUAUAUAAUCAACCAUAACAGGUGCAUUCUGUUUUGAGAUAUGUAGAAAGAGAUAUCUUACAGGAUUUUAGGCCUGGGUAAGAUUUGAAAGUGUAAGGAAUGUCGUUCCAUAAUUGUGGUGCUCUGUAGGAAAAGGAGGAUCGAGCGGCUUUCUUUUUGUGUUGAGGUAGACUAAGUAAAGUGUUGGUACUGGAUCGGAAAUUAUAGGAGGUGGGAACAGCUGUGGAUAGCAUUCUGCUCAGGUAGGGUGGGAGCUUCCCAGAAAAUCUCUUAAACACAAGGCUGGAAAGAUGAAGGGUGCGUCUGGAUUCCAGCGACAGACAGUUUAGCUCUUUUAACAUGUCACAAUGGUGGGUCGCGUAAUUACAUUGUAGCACAAAUCGGCAGAACGAGUUAUACAAUGUAUUAUGUUUAUUAAAGGGACACUAUAGUCAACCAGACCACUUCAGCUCAAUUAAGUGGUCUGGGUGUCUGGUCCCCCAGGUUUUAACCCUUCAGAUGUAAACAUAGCAGUUUCAAUAUGUCUUUUGGGGGCCAAAAGAUAGAUUGAGGUCUAACAAAAUACCCAAGUAUUUGAAAGAGUGGACUGCGGUCAGUGUGCUAUUUGCUUUGGUUUUGAUGCAUAGAUGGGAAUUUUGUAAUUUGUGUAAUUAGGUACUGUUACAAAGAUCAUUGUGACAGUUUUGUCAGUGUUUAGGAAGAUUUUUUUUUUUUUUUUUAAUUUUUUUUUGUGAUCCACUUUUCUACCUCUGUGAACUGGUCUUGGAGCACAGCCCCAAGCUGCGGUAAAUAAGAUUUGCUAGCAUAGUUUACUGUGUCGUCUGCAUACAUAUGAUCGAAACCAGGUUAGCGGACGAUCACCAAUUCCUGAUUUAAAAAAAAAAUAAAAAUUUUUUUUUGAGUUUGUGCAGUAGAAUGUCGUGGUCUCCUGUUUUAAAGGCCUUUACAAAAUCAAGGAAAAUAGCUCCAGUUAGGUCUCCUUGUUCCAUACCAGUUUGGAUGUUAUUGCAAACUUUUUUAAGAGGGCAGUUGUAGUGGAGUGAUUCUGGCGAAAACCUGAUUGAUCAAGGGUCAGAUAGUUUGAUUGUUGGUAAUACUCACAUAGUUUUGUAUGGACGCAUUUUUGUAAGAUUUUUUUUUUUUUUUUUAAAUUCUUUAUUUUCAAUGACAGAAAUUUCAGCCUUGAGAACAGUACUUGGGCUUACGUAAAAGCCAAAAUUCGUGUUUUACAGUAGUUUCAUAGUAAUACAGAAAAAAGAGAAUGGAUUGUUAAAUGGUAAUGCAACUGUUCAGAAUUCUUCCUUGCGGUCUUGUUCUAUCAGGGUUUUUACAUUUAUAUAAAAGACUAAACAGAUUUAAGUGUUAACCUUAAACAACAUAAAAAUAGGAUGUGUAGCCAACACUUUCGUGUGUGUCGUAUUUUUUUUUUUUUGUAUAGAUUCUUUUUAUUUCAUGGAAAAAGGAAGUGCACAUGUGUGUCAAUGACUGGGCCUAUGCAGAAGCCUCGAGAAAGGUGCAUAUUUGGGUAAUAGCUGGCUGGCUUGCACUAAAGCCGCCAAGGGAGUGCAUACAUGUGUGUCAAUGCUUUAGGCUUGCACAGAAGUCGGGACAACAGUGCAUAUUCAUGCCUGUACAGUGGCUUGCGCAGAAGCCUCAUUGCAUUUUCAAUUGGUUCAGUUGCACCUUGGUGAGGGUGAGCAAGUCAAGGCAAGAGUCACGGUUAUGGUCGCCGCUAAUCUCGUCAGCGGUUAAUUUGUCAUCUUUUGGUGUGCUGAGGUAACUCUGCGUGGUUUGUCCGUGAGGUCUUGCCCUGAGCACACAUGUCACUCCAAUUAGCGUGAUUUUGUACAGGUGUUAGCUAAACAUAUAACAGGUAAUCUAAAAUCUAGUAUUGACUAGCAACAUUGUAUUUAAUUAUACGGUGAGUUGGUGUCGCUGUCUCCACGGCUCGGACGAGGGGCGUUGUGUGUCCCUUUGUCGUUGGCCCUAUGUGUGCAUUUUUGUAAGAUUUUUGACAAUACUGGGCGCACUGAUAUUGGGCGAUAGUUAGAAACCAAAGUAAUAUCAUCCCGCUUUUAUGGAUAGGCACUACUCUCGCACUCUCCCAAAGUUUGGGUAUGUAUCCAGACACCAAUGAUUCGUUAGUUAGGGUUGUGACAGGUUUAGAAAUUGCCGGCACAUGGAGCUUCAACAGCAUUGCUCAGGGAUAAAACUUGAAUUUUUCUCUUUUUAAGUGUUCAGUGUUCACAGUGGAAGCGUCAUAUAAAAAAAAAAACACAAAAAAAAAAAACAGGAUAUAGUGCUCACUGUUUCAAACCAAUAAAAGUGUGUGGAAAAGUAUGAAAAUUACUCACAAUUUUAAGAGCACCUUAUCCUCAAUGAUAUCCGCUUAGGUGGAAUGAUCCCCACCAAAGAGAGAGAGAAAGAGAGAGCGAGCGAUGUGUAUAUAUGUGCGUAUAUAUAUACAUAUACAUACAUACACACACACACACACACACACACACACACGAUAUAUAUAUACUUAUACUUGGCGCAAAUCUGUUUUCUACCUAUUGUUUUCCCUUGGAUUGUUAGUGUAUCCAAUUAACAGAAUCUGCUGCCAUUUGAGUGAGCGCUGUAUCUCUCGCUUACUUAGCUACUAGAGGCAGACGUAUUGCUGCAAUAUAAAUAUUGCAGUUUCUCUGGAACUGCAAUAUUUUACAUUGCAGCAAUAAGGGCAGUAGGGACUUAUUUAUGCUCUUUUUUUUUUUGUAUUGACUUAUCUUAAUUAAAAUGCACUAGCAUUUUCUAACAUAGAACUAAGUAUAUUUAAUUUGUUAAUUCAAGGUUUCUCUAAUUGGAUUCUCUCUAUUGGUGAACAUUCUUAAUUUUUAACAAUUAAGGGAUAGACCCUGCCACUCUUGAUCUAAGCGACUGUUGUGCAAGGAGGGGAAGUCUCCCUGGUUUGAGAAUAGAAGUCCCACAGUGACCAUUUUUUCUGUUUGUUUCUGCUCUUUUGUAUUUCUUGUUCAACUACUGUGCUUAAUUGUUCUGUAGGACAAAAUUAAAGGGAACCUGAAGAGUCGAAAAUAUUCAAGACAAAGUAAAUCAGGUAAGUCCUAAGAAAGUGACCCGUUCGAGAAACCUCGCUAAUUUUAAAGGCCAAAUCUGCCCAUGUGAACCCCCAAGUGGUGGUUCUACUAUUUUUUUCACCCAAAAAAAAAAAGAAAAGCAAACCUUGAACAAUAUAUUAAUUUAAUCAUAAUGAUCUCUGUUCACACGUACCUCUUUAAUUGAGGGUAUCUAUUAUCAUCUGCAUUGAUUUUCUCUGCACAGGGACCAUUAAAAAAACAAAACCCCCAAUCGAACUUUAAUACCUCAUCUGUAGCACCUGCUUCAAUCUUGCAAGCUCAAUUAAAUUGUUACUUUCAACAGCCAAUAUUUUAUUUUUAUUUAUUACAUUGUGUACAUAUUGGACAAGAGGACACACGUUUUUUUUUUCGUUUUUUUUUCUUCUGACCAAAGUCUUUCUGUACCGUUAGUAAAUGUAAUACAAGCUUGCUUUCCUAAUGGGGAAGUGAUGACAGAAUGAGGUCAUGCUCCUUAUAAGGAGUAUAGAAGAGUAUUCAAACUACAGCCAACAACCAUUCAAAGGUUGGUGGAGCAAAUGUGAUUAAUUAAUAUAUAUAUAUAUAUAUAUACACACAUACACACACACACACACACACUGCAGAAUUAUUAGGCAAGUUGUAUUUUUGAGGAUUCAUUUUAUUAUUGAACAACAACCAUGUUCUCAAUGAACCCAAAAAACUCAUUAACAUCAAAGCUGAAGUAGUUUUUAGUUUGUUUUUAGUUUUAGCUAUGUUAGGGGGAUAUCUGUGUGUGCAGGUGACUAUUACUGUGCAUAAUUAUUAGGCAACUUAACAAAAAACAAAUAUAUACCCAUUUCAAUUAUUUAUUAGUACCAGUGAAACCAAUAUAACAUCUCAACAUUCACAAAUAUACAUUUCUGACAUUCAAAAACAAAACAAAAACAAAUCAGUGACCAAUAUAGCCACCUUUCUUUGCAAGGACACUCAAAAGCCUGCCAUCCAUGGAUUCUGUCAGUGUUUUGAUCUGUUCACCAUCAACAUUGCGUGCAGCAGCAACCACAGCCUCCCAGACACUGUUCAGAGAGGUGUACUGUUUUCCCUCCUUGUAAAUCUCACAUUUGAUGAUGGACCACAGGUUCUCAAUGGGGUUCAGAUCAGGUGAACAAGGAGGCCAUGUCAUUAGAUUUUCUUCUUUUAUACCCUUUCUUGCCAGCCAUGCUGUGGAGUACUUGGACGCGUGUGAUGGAGCAUUGUCCUGCAUGAAAAUCAUGUUUUUCUUGAAGGAUGCAGACUUCUUCCUGUACCACUGCUUGAAGAAGGUGUCUUCCAGGAACUGGCAGUAGGACUGGGAGUUGAGCUUGACUCCAUCCUCAACCCGAAAAGGCCCCACAAGCUCAUCUUUGAUGAUACCAGCCCAAACCAGUACUCCACCUCCACCUUGCUGGCGUCUGAGUCGGACUGGAGCUCUCUGCCCUUUACCAAUCCAGCCACGGGCCCAUCCAUCUGGCCCAUCAAGACUCACUCUCAUUUCAUCAGGCCAUAAAACCUUAGAAAAAUCAGUCUUGAGAUAUUUCUUGGCCCAGUCUUGACGUUUCAGCUUGUGUGUCUUGUUCAGUGGUGGUCGUCUUUCAGCCUUUCUUACCUUGGCCAUGUCUCUGAGUAUUGCACACCUUGUGCUUUUGGGCACUCCAGUGAUGUUGCAGCUCUGAAAUAUGGCCAAACUGGUGGCAAGUGGCAUCGUGGCAGCUGCACGCUUGACUUUUCUCAGUUCAUGGGCAGUUAUUUUGCGCCUUGGUUUUUCCACACGCUUCUUGCGACCCUGUUGACUAUUUUGAAUGAAACGCUUGAUUGUUCGAUGAUCACGCUUCAGAAGCUUUGCAAUUUUAAGAGUGCUGCAUCCCUCUGCAAGAUAUCUCACUAUUUUUGACUUUUCUGAGCCUGUCAAGUCCUUCUUUUGACCCAUUUUGCCAAAGGAAAGGAAGUUGCCUAAUAAUUAUGCACACCUGAUAUAGGGUGUUGAUGUCAUUAGACCACACCCCUUCUCAUUACAGAGAUGCACAUCACCUAAUAUGCUUAAUUGGUAGUAGGCUUUCGAGCCUAUACAGCUUGGAGUAAGACAACAUGCAUAAAGAGGAUGAUGUGGUCAAAAUACUCAUUUGCCUAAUAAUUCUGCACUCCCUGUAUAUAUAUAUAUAUAUAUAUAUAUAUAUAUAUAUAUAUAUAUAUAUAUAUAUAUAUAUAUAUAUAUAUAUAUAUAUAUAUAUCUUCAUUUAUUUAUCCCCGCCUUUAAAAAUAAAUAAAGGGUUUUUAAAAAAAUUAAAAAAUCAGAUCUUCAGAGAAAAUGUCUUUAUUAACAGUAGUAUUCCUAACAAAUUCUAUAGAAGCACUACAAUCCUAUUAAGACACUUCCCAAGCGUAUUAUAACAAUUAUGACAUUGUAAUAUCAUUUAAAAACGGCACUAUAGAAAAUGUUUGCCAUUUUUCUAAAAUCCGUGUGUUUUCUUCCUUUUUAACUUUCAUGUAUGCCAGCACCCACAUCCAAGAAAAAGACGUGGAACUGGGUCUCCUACCUGGAGGAGGAGAAGAUGCCAGCUGCUUCACUCAAACUUUUUAGAGAGGUAUUUGAUAUUACUGGUAAUAAGUGUUCAUUUCUCCUAAGCUAGUCUCUAAUUUUUUAUUCUCAGGUUAAAAUGAUUCUGUAUAAUGCAGUUUUUCCUUGUAAAUCACCCCACAGUCAGAGAUUCCAUGGUGUCCCAUUGUUUACCUAUUAUUCAACGGUCCUUCUCUUUCCAGCACCAGUCUUUUCCUCAGUCACGAAAUUGUUUUAAGGUUGGAAUGAAGGUUGAGGGAAUAGACCCUGAACAUCCAUCCUUGUACUGUGUUCUUACAGUUGUGGAGGUAAGUGUAUUAAUGACAUUCAAAAUGUCCUAAUAACUGCUGGUACACAAAAAGUAUAUGCAGGUUUAGAAUUAGAACAGUAGCUGUGGGUUGAGAGGGGGGAAAAAAUACAAAUCUCUGUCUGCUAGCCAAUAUCGGAGUGAGCAGGGAGGGAAAGAGCCAGGAACGGCUUAAUAGGUCCUAAACAGUUAGUGCAUUAUCAUGCCUUCGAGGACUAGUUCCCUAGUCAGCGGAGGUUUUGGCUUUUAGGUUAGGGAUAUCUUUAUAAGAAGAGACAAGCCACCUCGCUAAGAUUUAUUACUUUGUUUAUUUUUACUUAUUUAUUUUUUCUUCUUGUUUAUUAUUUGCUAUUGGUGUCACUGAGGGUGUUGGGAGUAGGGCUUCCUCUUUCCGUUUGGAAGUCCUCUUGUGGGUACGUGGGAGGUAUUUUGGAGCCUUAUAUUUUUUAAGGGUGCCCUCGAAGUCACGAUGGGGCACUAGCUCUUUCGGACCUAUUAACCCAUUUCUGGCUCUUUCCCCCUGCUUACUCCGAUAUUGGCUAGCAGACAGACAGAUUUGGAUUUUUGCCUGCCCCCUUUUUUUUUUUUUCUCUCAAUCCACAGCCACUGUUCUAAUUCUAAACCUGCAUAUACUUUUUGUGUACCAGCAGUUAUUAGGACAUUUUGAUUAUAAAAAUUUUCACAUUCCUGAUUUUGGUUUUUAAGAGAAUUGAUUAAAAGUGAUGUUUUAAUAUCAGUAUUAUUAUAUAUUUGAGUUGCUCUCUUUUUCUUAGAAGAUAGACGUGAGAGGUCUCUAUAUAAUUUUUUACCUUUUGGUCUUACCUCUAGUCACUAUAUAUUCUCGUUCGUAUGUAUAGGGGUUAUCCCCCAUUCUUGUGAGCAACCUUACACUCUCUCCUUGCUUGAGUUAAUUUCAAUUUGUCCCCCUGACUUAAUGCCUAAAAAGGCAAUGGUCAGUUUAAUGUAGGAGAGUUUGGGUUUGCGUUUGCAUUAAUACAUACUUUGUGCCUACAUUUUGAGUAUCUAUGAAUGCUCUUUUGAUAUUAUUUGCCGAUAUGAUUUCAGUUUGUGAAUGUAGAGGCAUGAAUUGAUAUAUUCUUAUUUAAUAAUGUUGCCUCUGGAUAAGUUUAUCCCAAAAUAUGUCAAAUAAAUAAAUAAAUAAAUAUAUAUAUAUAUAUAUAUAUAUAAUUUUUAUUUUUUAAGGUUCAAGGUUACCGACUGCGACUCCAUUUUGAUGGAUAUCCUGACUGCUAUGAUUUUUGGGUUAAUGCUGAUUCCCCUGAUAUCCAUCCAGUGGGGUGGUGUGAGAAGACCGGUCACAAGCUUCUUCCUCCUAAAGGUGAGAAAUUGCCGGAAAGCUUAUGCUCCAUAUACUGCUUGCUGAAUCGUUGACAAAUAUGUUUUGUGCCCCAUUGCUUUCAGGUUACAAGGAUGGUGAAUUUAACUGGGCUUCGUUCCUCAAACAAAGUAAGGCACAGCCUGCACCGAAAACAUUCUUUAAAAGUUACAAUAUGGUAAGAGACCGGAACUAAUUUACAAGUUCAUGCUCUUUUUACAUUUUCUCUGCUGUUCUUUUGUAUUUGUCUUUGUGUGUCUUUUUUUUGUUUUUUAGUAAUGUAACCUAUUUUCUGACAAGAUAUAGUGAAUAUCAUCAACAAGUAAAACAUGGUUACAAUAACAGUUAGGAUGUCUUGUUUCUGUAUACGUUGUGCAAGACAGAAUAUAGUAAAAAUGUGGUAAGGUCAGAAGAAAGAUACCGCAGCACUAAUGUAUUUGUUGUGUAGAACAAAUGGUCAUUUUGGUAACAAAGAAUCAUAGAUGUGUGUGGUGUUGGUUCUGGUAUGUAAGAUUACAUGUUGGUUGUGGUUUUGUCAGUGUGGCACUUAUUUUGGAGAAAAGCAACCCAGGGCUCCCAUAUUAGUGUGUAUUUGGAGUAUUUUUUGGAUAUGGAGUAGUUAAUUUCCAUGAUUCUAAUAUUUUCCACCCUCUGAAUCUAUUCUCAUAUUGUAUAGGGAUUUGCCUGUUUUCAGUGGGCUGGAAUGAGUUGGUCUGCUGUAGUAUUAUUAUUACUAUUAUUAUUAUUAUUAUUUUAUUAUUCCCCUUAGCUAAGGUGAAAAUUCACCUUAUUUGCAGCGCCGCGUGGGUCCACUGACACUGGCCCCGCACCAAUCUGCCUCCUUGGUGACAUUAUCAAAAUAGGUAAUUUUUAGCCAAUUGGCUAAAAUCUGCAAGGAGGUGAGGCCAAACACAGUUUUGGCCAAUCAGCACCUUCUCAUAGAGAUACAUUGAAUCAAUGCAUCUCUGUGGGGAACAAUUAGUGUCUCCAUUCUUUGAAAAGGCAGUGUUUGCAUGAAAAUGCCUGAAGGGAAUGAUUAUACUCACCAGAACAACUACAUUAAGCUGUAGUUGUUCUGGUGACUAUAGCGUACCUUUAAGGAUGUUGAGUCUACAAAACCAUCCAAAUUGGAGUUUGUGCAAGGAUUUCAAGUCUUUAGAAAUUGUUGCAAAGAGCAGGGGGAAAUUCAGUUCAUAUAAGAGUGUGAGAACAGUGGGCAAAAAUAUACUCAAGUAUUUAAUGGCCAUAUUAGCCCACAAGACGGGACAAGGGGCACCACUGUCCUGUGCUAUUUGAGAUUGUAAUUGGAUGGCAAAGUUGACAUUGAUUCACAAUUUAGCUAUGGGUUACAGGUAAAUUACUUACAGCCAGCUCAACCAAAGUUUGAGGACCAAAGCCCAUAUGUUCUAGUGUUGCCCACAUCAGGGAGCUGUCCACCCUGUUAAACGCCUUUAUGGCUUCUAUAGAGAGUAAGAUGUAGGAAGUUUUGGAGAAUAAAUGACAUUGAUACAUUUUUGUGGUAUUAUUUUUUGCUUCUCUACCUAGUAUGAAGCCUGAUUGGUCAGGGUGGACUAGCCCCGGAAGCAAAGGGCACAGUCUGGUGGCCAGGAUUUUGAUGAAUAGUUUGAUGUCUAUUUUUUUUAAAUGAGAUUGGCCUUGUAUUUCUCCCGUUAUGAACUGUGGGUCUUCUCAACUCCUCUCUCUUUAUGUCUUCUCAAUAAAAUGUAUCUUUUCUCCAACUCACUACUCUUGCUUACCCAAUUUAUUUGUAAACAUUCUUCUACCUGCAGCCUGUCACACCCUCUGGCUUUCGAGUGGGUAUGAAAUUGGAGGCUGUGGAUCGAAAGAAUCCAACCCUACUGUGUGUGGCAACCAUUUCUGAUAUAGUGGAAAACAGACUCCUUAUCCAUUUUGACAGCUGGGACCACAGCUAUGAUUACUGGUAAAAUACUUUCUGCUUGCAAGUUGACAUGAAAGCAGUGGCAGAACUUCAGUCUUAUCCAUCACCUACUUGUAGAAUUUUGCAAUUUAUACCCAUCUUCUCAAAAUGCCUGUUGGCAACCUAUUUCACAAUGUAUUAAAGAUUCUUUAUUGUAUUAAGAAUGUGUGGAUUUGUUUUCAUAAGGUAAUAAGAAGAUAAGGGUGUUUCAAACAAACCAAAUUCGUCCUAAAUUAAAUUUUUUAGGAUACGUAAAAAUGCUUGUCACUUGCACUUGUUUAAAUAACUUUGACAUACAGUAUAUUCGAGUAUCCUGAUUGAAUUUAGACUGAAUUAGACCACCCUUAUUAUGAGGACUCGUCACCUUCUUUUCACAGGUGUGAUGCCAGCAGUCCGUAUAUCCGGCCUGUUGGGUAUUGUCAAGAUUCUGGGACAACUCUGACACCCCCACCAGGUAAUCUAGGUCUGUUUGUCUGACUCUUUUUAUUCAUAACAAAGGUCUACGAAUACCCCAUUAUUAUAUGUAUGUUGUGGAUAUUAUGGAUCUUACUAGUAAAGUAGUGAUUGGGCACCCAGGAUGUAUUUGUGGGUGAUUAAUAAAAAAAAAACCCCACUAACCGUUUCCUCACUAACAAGCUAUUUGGGAUUUUUCAUACGUUCAUGUUUCACAGGCAUAUAUUUGGAAGUCAUAUAGGACCUAUAUUAUAUUAGGAAGGACAUUUUUCUGUGUCCUUUUUGUUACUUUGUCAAAAAGCUAUCAAUAUGCUCCUGUAUAACCUAAAGUUAAUCCACAAAAAGAUAUCAGAACCAUAUUCCUGAAAUAUUCUCACCACUACUCUUUCCCAGUUUUGAAUAAAGAGAUUUAACUGGCAACGAGCAGUGGUGGGAAUAUUUCAGGAACACAUAUUGUUCUGUUUUUGUUUUUUGUCUACAUUACAUGGAUACAUGCUGGUAUGGCAAAGCUGCGUAUUUGAAGAUCUCUAUUUGCCUUUAGUGAAUUAUUUGCCUUUGCUGAAUUAUCCCCCGCAGGCGAUGAUCUGAUGAUGGUUUUGAAGGACCUAAUCGCUUUACCCUAAUAAUUAUUGCCCUGUAGGCUUGUGUAAAUGUCAUUUCUUCAGCAGUCAAUACAACUUAGUGAAAGCUUGUGCUGACAAUAGAUAUGUAUGCUAGGACUAGGUUAUCAGCUGGUUGGUUAAUUAACCUUUGCAAAUGUUUUCAGAAUAUAAAGAACCAAAUAGUUUCUCUUGGGAAAGCUAUUUAGAGAAGACUGGAGCACAGGCAGCCCCAGCAAGAGCAUUUAAACCAGUAAGUAUAGUUAUUUGUUCCCAAAUCACAUUCACUUUCCUUUAAUUAUUAACAUCUUCCUCCAAAUAUUUGCAUGAGCAAAAAUUGCAGCGUCUUUUUACACGUUUCCAUUUUGCUCAGACUCUCCUUUCAUUUUUCAUUAGCGCCCACCACAUGGUUUCCAGCCUCAAAUGAAAUUAGAGGCAGUGGACCGAAGAAAUCCUAUGCUAAUCAGAGUUUGCAGUAUUAUACAAAGAGAAGAGAACCGCAUACAGGUGACUCGGGGGCAUUGUAGCAUUUCUAAUGCUGGUUGGAUAUUUUGUACAAUGUUAAAGAGUGAUAAAAAUAAAUUGGCUAACCUAGAGCAUGGUAAGGUGGAACGUGCUGCCAUUUCUAUCAGUUAUACAAAUGCCUAUAUUGGGGCAAUGCAGCAUUUCCUAUAUCAUAUAUUAACAUCUCUGUUCUUCCUCUUAGCUGCACUUUGAUGGAUGGAACUCGCUGUAUGACUACUGGGUGGAUGCUGACAGCCCUGAUAUUCACCCUGUGGGGUGGUGUGCAAAAACUGGACACCCUCUCCAGUUGCCUCCAGGUGAGCGAAAACACUUAAUGUGAGCAAAUGAUCCAUGUUGUAGUUCUCUGGCUGUCUUGGGGAGUUUGAGGGCCAUAUGCAGGUAACUUAAAGUGAUCCUAUCAAUCACAGAUUGUACAGACUUAAAUAUCACAUUGAGGUGGGUAUAGAUCUAAUUCUUUAAUCUGCUGGAAAAGUCAAUAUAUGUAUAGAUUGCAUAGAGGUAUAGAAAAUAUGUUUUCAUUUUAAUAAGUGUGAGAAGGGUUUAGGUGCACUAAAUCUAGAACGUGUAACUAUUAUAUGUUCCAACCCAAGGAAUAUUUGCCUUUUACUUUUCUUUUUAUUAGGUACCACAGACACCACUUCAGUGCCAGGGCAGGGCUGUCCCAUUGCUGGCUGCAAAGGAAUUGGUCAUGUGAGGGGACCAAGAUAUGGGACACACUAUACGUAUGUUUGGCUUUGAUGUCACAUAGUUGGCCAGUUUAUGCAUUGUUAUGACAAUAACCACUUGUUUUUUUUUCAUCUUUGUCAUAGAGCUGUGGGAUGUCCAUAUUCAGAGGUUAAUCUGAAUAGAGAGAGUCUCUUGCAGGAUCGUCUUAGUGGAGAGCGGUCACCUAUUACCCACAGCACCUCAAAAUCCAGAAGACCAGGAACUCCUAAUCCAACAACAGAAAACCUACCUGAGCACAACACAUCCAAGUAAUUCAGUAGAUCUACCAGAAUUUCAUACAUAAUACGUCCCUACUAUUUACACAAUAUCAUUAUAAUACUGAAAUAAGAAAUAUGAAAUAGAAAUGUUUUCUCGUUGAUGCUUCCUUCUACCCCUUCUGACUAUGUCUUUGCUUUUCAGAAAAUCUCCAUCUUCUACAGAAGAACGAUGGGGACAGGCUAACGUGUGGGAGAUGGCAGAGUGGUUAGAGGAAGAGGUGGAAACUAAACCUGCCAAAAGGUGAGUCCCUUUUUCUGUAUUCUCCUAUUAUAUGUUGACAUUGCCCUUUGUCACAGCAGAUAAUGUGAUCUAUUGAAUUCAUGAUAACCUGAAAGAUAGAGUAUAACUUUACAUCCUAGAAGUUAUGGGAACAUUUAAGGCUGCCAUGGGUACAGACUGUCAGUCCAACUAUUGUUUUAAAGGAACACACUCCAUUGAAUAUUUUUGUAACAAUUUGGUGCUCUACCCCCAAUGGAAACCGGUAUUUAUUUAUUUAUGCUUGUUUUCUUUGGGAGUAUAUCUAAAACCAGCAUAAAAAAGCUCCAGAUCUCGUCUGUAGUCUUUGCAAACACUCCCCCUUUUCCCCAGUCUAGACUAUCAGUCUGUACUGGGGGAAUGCUCCAAUUAGGCUUUUUUAGACAAUAUGCCUACCACUUACAUUGGCUGUGUGGAUUCAUAAAAUGACUUGAGAAACAUGUAUGUUGGGGAGCUAUUGAUUGGCUUAGAGCAUCACCUGACGCUCUCAGACAAUCAGCAGCACCCAUAUGGAGGCAGCCCGAGGCUGCCUGUUUGAAGAAUCUGAGAGAUGCAGGACCGGGACAGCGCUAGAGAGAGCUGGAGAGAAGGUCUUGGGGUUAACCAAUUGUGAACGGUUUAACCCUUAAAGGUAAGCCAGCACCAGGGAACUCCUGGCACCGUAAAUUCCAUUUUAGUUCUUAUGGUUACUAGAGGGCUUAUUUGAAAGCUCAUAUUUUAGUUUCUAUUAUCCCUGUCUCCUGCUGAGAGCAAUUAGUCAUUUUUCUGUGGAUGUUGCACAUGCAGUAAGACACACCUCUCCUGCAUACUCCUUUUUUGGAAGCAGAGACUUUCUUUCCAUAACUGGUUAAGUUGCCAACACUUUGCUGGCUUAAUUUUAUCUAAAUACCUUAUUUGCUCUCUCUCCAUUCUAAGAUCACCUGUCCAAAGCUCCUACAACAAGUAGUUCUGGCUAUUGCUCUGACACACAUGCAGUUACACCAAUACAAACACUAUCGCAGAAUCAGAUACACAGAAACACAUCAGCAAAUACUGCCAUGCAUCUAGAUAUACACACUGCCUUACUUGCAGAUAAAGUGUUUGCUGAUGUGUGUCUGUGUAUCUGCAUGUGUGGGUCUGUAUGUGUUUGUAUCUGUGUUUUGUGUGUCUGUAUAUGUAUGUCAGUAUAUGUAUAUGUGUGUGUGUCAGUAUUUGUAUCUCUAUAUUAGCAUGUGUCUAUGUAUCUGCACUGUAUAUACUAAUAUGCCUGGGGCAGAGGAGACACAAAGGGAUCCUGGAGAAGCAGGGAGAGCCUAAUGCAGAGAAAAAUGGGAGAUGGGACAAAAAUGUAUACAUGUUGAAAUGGUAGCAACUGUAUUAUUUACAAACAUUUUGCGAAUAUGAGGGGUACAAUUUAUGGAAAUGGGUGACCAAGAGGUACACAAAUAAAAAAAAAAAAAGGUUUGGAACAACUGUAUUAGUGGUUGUCUCCUCCCCCCAUGAAAAAACAAUAUAUUACAUACUAUUUUUAUCUAAUGGUGGAUUAUCUCUUAAACAAAAAACCCUCUUUACAGAGGUGAUGGGUGAAACUAUUCAGUGCCUAAAAUACAAAGCAGCUCAAACACAUAAAGUGGAAAACCCUUAUUUCCACAAUAAAUUAACAAUAUAUAGAAAUGUAGUGUAAAAUACACCACCUAGUGAAGCGCUAAUACAAAUAUAAGUGGUAGAGGGGUUCAUUUACCCCAACAAUUUUGUGUUGUCUUAAAUUCAGGAAUAUGCUUUUAAACAUACAAUGAAGGGAAAAAAAGAGAUAAAAAAAAAACAUAUAGUGUAGAUGGUUUUGGUGAAAAUAAGUGAUGAAAGUAAAAAACUAAAACCACUCACAUGAUCUGGCGCCUAUAUAAUAUUGGCUCCGUACGUAAGCCUAUGUGCUCUUUGGGCAGCAACACACCCCUUCCUCUCAGAUGUACCUCCACAACGACAAGGAAACAAAAGGAGAAAGAGACCCAAUGUGUGGUAUAUGUGCAAACAGCCAGAUAAUAUAUAGGUGAUAAAUGUUAUGCUCCCCUAGUUGAAAACCUUAAAAUCCUGGCUAUGAGGGUGGUCAGCAAUGUGCCAGUAUGAAGGGAUGGCACUUCCCUGUAAAGAUUCCCAGAGGCUCCAAGGACUUCAAUGGAUAAAGAAAAUGUAUUUAUUCCAAAUAAAAAGUAAAUAUAAAACCAGAAAUUUGGAGUAUUAAAAUUGUAAAUGAAAGUCCAAAUCUGCCAAAACGCGUUUCACUCGUCUUUGAGCUUCCUCAGUCAGCUGUGAUGUUAUCACAGCUGACUGAGGAAGCUCACAGACAAGUGAAACAACUUAAACAGAAGUUAAAAGAAGAACUUUUAAAGUACAAGAACGAAUUGGUCAGGUUUAAGCGAUAAAAAAUUUGAGAGAGUUCAACUAGAUUAACACAGAGUGUACAAAUGGCUGACCGGAGACCACGCAAACGGAUACAACGCCCUAAGGUAACAACUAUAGAUAUCACUUCAGGCAAAUCGGCCUCUGAGAAUGAUAGACACCAAGAUACCCCCUUUUUUCUGUAGAGAAUACGGGUACCAUCACCCGAAGCCGAACAGUAGGUCAAGAAGGAGCAGAACACGACUCGGGCACAAGGGCAAGAACUGGUCCUUUGGGCAAACCACCCCACAGGAAGUAGUCCCUAUUUUCAAUCUCUCACACAGAAAAUUGGAGCAACAUGAAAUGGAAAUUUUGAGUCGUGGUCUGUCAUUUGUCCUAACGUCAUAUCCUAAUCAAUUUUUGUGGAACUUUUUAAAGGAACACUAUAGUCACCUAAAUUACUUAAGCUAAAUAAAGCAGUUUUAGUGUAUAGAUCAUUCCCCUGCAAUUUCACUGCUCAAUUCAAUGUCAUUUAGAAGUUAAAUCGCGUUGUUUCUGUUUAUGCAGCCCUGGCCAUGAUUGACAAAGCCUGCAUGAAAAAAAAAAAAAAACUGGUUUCACUUUCAAACAGAUGUCAUUUACCUUAAAUAAUUGUAUCUCACUCUCUAAAUUGAACUUUAAUCACAUACAGGAAGCUCUUGCAGGGUCUAGCAAGCUAUUAACAUAGCAGGGGAUAAGAAAAUCUUAAUUAAACAGAACUUGCAAUAAAGAAAGCCUAAAUAGGGCUCUCUUUAAAGGAAGUGUUUAUGCAAGGCUGUGCAAGUCACAUGCAGGGAGGUGUGACUAGGGUUCAUAAACAAAGGGAUUUAACUCCUAAAUGGCAGAGGAUUGAGCAGUGAGGCUGCAGGGGCAUGUUCUAUACACCAAAACUGCUUAAUUAAGCUAAAGUUGUUCAGGUGACUAUAGUGUCCCUUUAAGUUCGGCAGAACUAUGCGUUUAAAAGAGUAUUUUAAUCGCUCAGGAACAAAUAAAACACAAUCAGCUAUACAAGCAGCAGAUCAGUUCAAGUGUAAAUCUACUUUGAUCCCCAGUCGAAUCCAGCUUCAAUCAAGACAUACCUAGCAACUACAAAUAAAGUUACUCAAAAUAUUCUUUCACAACACUGUAACAAACCGCAGAAUAUCACUUAACUUAAAGAAAGUUUAUCACGCAGCUGGCGGAUGACCCCACCAUAGUCAUUAGGUCAGCGGACAAAGGUGGGGAUAUAGUGAUUAUGCAUUAUCAGUACUACUCAGAGGAACUACAGACACAACUCUCAGAUCAAAAUACAUACAAAUUGUUAUCAAGUGACCCUACAAAAGAGAUACAGUCUAAAAUAGAAGACAUUCUUUCCAUGGCUCUCAUGGCAGGUUAUAUUGACAUUCAACUUUAUCAAUUCCUCUACAUACUUCAUCCACGCAUGCCAAUCAUUUACAGCAUCCCUAAGAUACACAAACAUGCCGAGAAACCACCAGGGCGUCCUAUAGUAUCCGCUGUGGACGGUAUCCUCAAACCAAUUUCGAAAUGGUUGGAAAAAGGGCCAGUAGAAGAACUCCACACCUGGCCAAAAUUGGUGUUCAAAUUAGUUUUUUGCAUUUUUCACACACAAAUAUUAACACUAAUUUUGGCAAGUGUUUGUGACCAAGUGGCUACUAAAAAAGACUGGACAUACCCCAUUUGCAAUACCUUGGGUUGUCUAUUUUUGGAAAUGGUAUGCCAUCAUGGGGGUAAUUCUCAUUCCUGGGCUACCAUACGGUCUCAAAGGCAACGUAACCAAUCUGGCGAAUUUCGAAUUUCAAUGUGAAAAAAAUUAAAAAUGUAACAUGCUAUAUUUGACCGUAACUUCCCAAAACACCAUAAAAUUUGUAUAUAGGGGUACUGUUUUACACAUGAGACAUCGCUGAAUACAAAUAUGUGUAAUUUAUUGCAGUAAAACUAAACCGCAUUAUGACAUUCACAAGUAUGUAUAGAAAAAAAGCAAAUACACUCACCCACCCGUGAACAAAGUGAUCUGUGUAAAAUAUAUCAAAAACAAACUUAACUUAUAGGUACACUGCUUCCCAAGGUUAUUUCCCAGCUGAUAACUAUAUAACAAAACCGUGUAAAUGAUAGGAUAUUUAGGGAUUCUGCUAGUGGGAUAAGUUCACAGGUAGAAUGUCACGUAGAACUAAGGGGUGAUGGUGACAGGGAGAGGGGGGGUGAUGAUGAGGAGGGUAAAGGGGGUUGAUGGUGAGGGGGUAAUGCUGAGGGAGGUGAGUUGAUGGUGAGGGUGGGGUGAGAGGGAGAGGGGGGAGAUAUACCUUGGCUCCCUGGUGGUCUGGUGGCCAUCAUUUCCGGUCUGCAGCACCGCAGAGCUGCAGACCAUGAAUCUCGCGGCAACGCUCUGAUUGGCCAGUUCUCGGCGAGACACAUGGUCUGCAGCUCUGCUCACUGCGGAGCUGCAGACCGGUGUCUGAUGGCUUGCCGGGCAGACAGGAGUGGCCUAGCACCCGGCGGGAUAUUGGGCAAGCCUCCGAGCCCCUUCCUGGUGUUGGGUCCUCGGUCACUGACCGAGGACCAGACACAGUCUGCCCUCAGGCGGUUUAGGUGGCGGUGAGGCCCCAGCCCGCGCGAGGACUUAGGCGGCCUCCUAAACCACCUAAUUAGAGAGCCGCCUCUGUAGAAGACAUCUGGAGAGCAACAAGCAUCAAUUAGGCCAGUAUUAUAAGAAGUACCUAUAGAAUCAUAUCAUAGGACUUUAAUGUCUCUUUUUUAUUAUUAUAUUACAUUUUGAAUAUAAUACGAAUUACUCCAUUCUGCUCCACAAAUCGUUAUUGUAUAUUAUAAUAAGUGCCAUUGUUUGUUCUAGGGGUGCUCAUACAUAUAUCCGCUUGCAGCUUGUGAAACAGGAAACUGAUGGGACAGGUAUGAAGUAACUUUCCAGCCAGUGCCAUCUUCAGUUCUUCCCUGAAAAUCAACAUUUUAUGUUUCAUUUUUGUUUGGUUACUGCUUCUGUAUAUUAACCAGAUCUGUUUUUGAGUGAACUAAUCUGUCCUGCAAGGAUGAUGUAAACUUACUGGAUUGUGUAAUUAGUUCUUAUAAUAGUUUAUAUUAUUACCCUCAGACUCUGAUGUCCGUUUGGAACAGGCCCUUCACCAGUCAGUGUUUAUGACUUCCUUGUCCCCUGAUCCUGGCCAUCGAGUCCACCUUUGUUGGGAACAGCAGUGCCACCUGCUUCCUGAAGUAUCAUCCUAUACAGCUCAUAUGGUCAGCAAGUGGAGUGCUGAAGAGGUAGAUAAAGCUGACUACUGUCAUACUUUACAAUUUAGACUACCUCUCUUUGCUUACUAUAUUUUUCUCUAUAUUCCUUUGUAAGGUAUCUCAGUUUGUGCAACAACUCCCAGGUUGUGGUGAACAAGCUGCUGUUUUCAGAGAAGAGGUAAGACAGUUUGUGUAAAGCACUUGACAAUUCAAGUUCAUAUUCAAAUUCAAGCACAUUGGUUUAUUUAUCUUUCCUUUUGUUGAAACAUGUAACAUUUCACUGCUAGUUUUCCCCCUCCCCCCACUCCCCCUUAUUAUUGUCCUCAUGUUCUCUCUGCUUCUUCUGCCUUCAGCAAAUAGACGGGGAAGCUUUCUUGUUGCUGACACAGAAUGACCUUGUGAAGAUUUUGGGCCUAAAAUUGGGACCGGCAGUUAAAAUCUACAACUCUAUUCUCAUGUUCCACAAUUUAGCACAGGACUGAUGGUCAGCUUCUUGAAGAGAAAAAGGGUGGAAGAAAAUAAGCUUAAUGAAAAUACAGCUCACACUGUAAUACUGAAAAACAUCAGAGACUAAGUUUUAAAGCAAGAACUAUUCUACAUUUUGACUUGGAGACAAACUUUAUGAGGAUAAUUUUAGAUACAUACAUAUGUAUGUAUGCGUAGUACAUAACCGGUAAAACAUGGAAAGGUUUUCAUGUGUUUGUUUGCCUAACUUGUGGUGCCUUAUUGCUUUUUAUUCCUUGGGAUUCUAACUUUGGGAUACGCUAAAGAACAUUAUUCUUUUGUUUCCUUACAGGAAAGACAAAACUAUUUUAUUUGUUCACAUCAACCUGUGAUGGAAUAUUAGUGCAUCGCCACUAAUUAUGUUAUCUGCAUAGAUUAAAUGUUUGACAGAUAUGUUUGCACUGUUUUUACUCCAGUUUCCUCUUAUUUGUUCAUUCUUUCUCCCCCAUUUUACCUUUCCCUUGAAUUUAGUUUGGUCCACUUUUCCACCUAAACUUUUUCUUUUAUGUUCAUUUAUUUUUUAUUUAUUUUAAACUGGCUCUGGCAUAGCAUUAUGUGAUAUUGCUCAGUGGUGGCAACUAAUGAAUUUGACCUACAGAAAUCGUAUGAUGAAACAAAAAUAUUAUAAUUUUCACUUGGUAUGUGCUAUAGCAUUCUAGAUAGUCAAAACCACAAAUUCUAAAAUUCAUACUAGAGAUGGGGGAUUAUUUAUCCCAUUUUCUUACAUUGUAAUCCAUCACGGAUGACUUGGUGAUACUUUAUAGCAAUAUAAUAUAUGCAUUGUACUGAUCUAUGUUGAAAUGAGUUUAUUCAUUGGUGAAAAUGUAAAUCAGAACUUUUUUUUUUUUU